CUACUACUUCCCAAUUGAUUUGACGAUUUGGCGUUUCUCACUUGCUCUUUCUCUCUACUCCCCUCUCCGUCAUCAUUGGGUACUUGAGACGUUGCUUAGAACGAAUUAGUGGCACAGUCUAGCUUUGGGAGUGCGAUCGGGCAAACGAUUUUAGGAAAGAGCUCCAAGCAACAAUGGCAACCAAAGCUCUAGGCGGGCAAGGCGGCGCCACGCAAACGCCUAAGCAGAAGAUCGAGCUCUUCAGUCCCCAAUACUUCGCAGCAUGCACUCUGGGCGGCAUUAUCGCUUGUGGUCCCACGCACACCUCAGUCACGCCGCUCGAUCUCGUCAAAUGUCGCCGCCAAGUCGACGCCAAACUCUACACCUCCAACCUCCAAGCCUGGUCCAAAAUCUUCCGCAAUGAAGGAAUGCGAGGGAUCUUCACCGGAUGGAGUCCGACCUUUAUCGGCUACAGCUUCCAAGGUGCCGGCAAGUACGGCGCGUACGAAGUCUUCAAAUACUAUUACGGCGAGAAAUUGUUCCCAAAUGCUCCAAAGACGAUUGUAUAUCUCGGAGCUUCCGCGACGGCCGAAGCGAUUGCCGAUGUCUUCCUGUGCCCCUUCGAAGCAAUCAAGGUAAGGAUGCAGACGACAAUCCCACCUUAUGCGACGACCUUGCGAGAGGGAUGGGGGAAGGUCGUGAAAGAGGAAGGAUUUGGUGGGCUGUACAAGGGACUUGCACCAUUGUGGGCGAGGCAGAUUCCCUACACAAUGGUCAAGUUCGCGACGUUCGAGAGUGCUGUGGCACAAAUCUACAAGACGCUAGGAAAGAAGAAGGAAGAGUACAACACAUUGCAACAAACUGGAGUCAGUUUUUUGGGAGGAUAUAUUGCCGGAAUUGGAUGUGCUGUCAUCUCGCAUCCUGCGGAUGUGAUGGUCAGUAAGUUGAACGCCAACAAGGGAAAGGGUGAAGGUGCGGGGCAGGCUAUUGGAAGAAUUUAUAAGGAGAUUGGGUUCAAGGGGUUAUGGAAUGGGCUGCCGGUGAGAAUCGCGAUGAUUGGUACAUUGACGGCGUUCCAGUGGUUGAUCUAUGAUUCGUUCAAGGUGUACUUGGGAUUGCCCACGACGGGCGGACAUUAAGAGACUGGUUGAGAAGGUAAAAGUACGACGGACUGCGGAUUUUUCAGCAUGGCGUUCUUGGAGCUUUGAGAGAUCGCGCGACUGCACUCAUGAUAGAGGAUACAGAGUAGUACACCAUGAUAUGGGUAAAACCAUUGUCGACAGCCUUAUCAUCGUGUCCUUAGGGAUGCGCAAAAUCUAGGCCAUCUCAUUAAGCCUUCAAGCUUUUUGGCACGGCCACCAAGCUUUCAA